GUUUGUGAGUGGGUGUAUUUGUUCCGAUUUUUUGGAUUAACACUUAUUUUCAAAGAACAUAUACUCGUCCAAGACCCCUAACGGCGCAUCAUGGUGUGAUUCAGCGCCGGAUCUCCCUCAAUAUUGGCAUAACUCCCGUCGGCGAGGGGGGCGCUCUCCAAAUUGGAGGGCAUGGGCAUGGGCGAUAGGCCCGACGAUGCGUACAGCUAUCCCCUGAUAGCGCGCUUUCUACACUCUCUGCCCCACGUCAAUGUUACCUUUCAGUACGUCAACAGCUCCUUCGAGCCCAACAACCCCGUGUAUUUGGAGAGUCUCGGUAUUCUCGGCUCCAUACCGGCGAUAUGGCUGAUCCUGACGCUGUUCGUCCUGCUGAUCUACCUGUUGACGAGAUGCUGCGAUCGGAAACCGAGGGCUUCGAAGUCGAUAGCGGCGCUCAAAGUCAUUUUGGCCGUGGUUUCGGUCCUUUGCUGUGCUGGCAUAGGCUUAGGGCUCUACGGCAACGAUGAUUUGCACAAUGGCGUCGUGCAAACUCUUACAGAAGCUGAGCAAGUGGAUAUCCACAUAUCCAAAAUUCGCAAUCAAACGGAGGACAUCGAGAGGCAGUUGCGCGUCCAAGCCGAAAGGCAAAUCAAGGAAAUCUCAAAUGUCUUUCAAGUACACCACAAAGAUAAGCAGUUGAUGGGCGAGGUCGAUGGAUAUUUUUCCAGAAUCAUAAGUAACAGAAACGCAACGGCAAACGCAGCUCGGGACAUCCGUCAACCGCUCGUGGGCGUCAGUCUAUCAUCUACCAUAGUACUGGGGCACAAGGUCGAAGCCGCCCGAUGGCCCUUUACCAUGGCCGUAUUGAGCAUCUUGCUCAUCUUGUGCGUGAUACUGCUGGUAGGCGUCGCGAGGCACAACCGAUGCGCCUUGAUCGCCUUCUCGGUGUGCGGCUUGUUGGCCGUCAUAGCCUCCUACAUAAUGGCGAGCAUUUAUCUAGCUUCGAGCGUUGCGUUAGGCGAUUUGUGCAUGGCGCCCGACAAGUUCAUCGAAGACCAAGCCAGCACCGAGCUGUCGAAGGAGAUCCUCCGUUACUACACGAACUGCGAACGGGCCAGGGCCAACCCUUUCACGCAGAGACUCAGAGAGGGUAAAACGUUGAUCGACAACAUGCAUUCCAAUCUGAGCGCGUUGAUCAAGCCGGCCGAGAAGCUCUAUCCCAACAAAGGAUUAGACACCAAAUUCAGUUCGUUGAAGAACGACAUAAUCGCCGCCGAGAAAUACAUCAACUUGCUAACAACCUCGGUGGAUUGCAGGACAUUGCAUAGGCAUUAUUCGAAAGGGGCACAAGCUCUGUGCUCCGUCGGAUUAACAGGACUUACUCUAAUGUUAAUAUCGUCGGUUCUCGCUGGUUUCUUGUUGACCAUACUGGUUUGGGUGGAUUCUCACACGUGGAUUUACAUUAGAAAGAAGAAGGACUACCAGCAAGUGACCGAGCACGAUUCGUACCUUCCGCCUCCGCAGGCGAGCCAAGCGAUAGCGGCGCGCACUCUCCAACGCAGCCAAGGGUCGUCCUAUCCCCCUGAUACACCCCCGCCUAGUUAUACGUCCGCUUUGCUGCAUAAUCGAACGUUGCAUGUCAAUGCCAAUGCCACCGCUCCUUCGUUAGAGCAUGAAGCAGAAUUUUUAUUAGAUGGGUGCGACAUGCGACCGUCGGAGCAUUACCGCAACAGCGCCAAUAUGUCACAUCUCCGGGGACACACGCUGGGCCGAUUGCCCUCCCACCAUCACGAACCCGCACUACCGGGCCCCAAUAAUGGAAAGUACGCGACUUUGAGCAAGCAGUGCAAAACGCUCGAGAGCUCAGACUUCUACUGAGACAGGUCUGCCUGCAAGGAAUUCCCAAGCUUCAAAGGUAUUAAGUUAACCAAUCAGCAGCAACCGGCCGGUCAGCAGCCGGGCGACGUCCAGCGCACCGCCAACAUACAGAAGUACAGCUCGUUGGGGCGGCGUCCGUUGCCCCAAACGCCGGACGAGAAGGCGCGCAAGCAGCCGCCGGUGCCGCGCGUGCCGCCCACCGUAUCGGCCCGAUGCAUCGAGACGCCGUUGAAUCCGGCGAAUUUCAGAUCGUUGCAGAGGGGCGCGUGGCAGGAGGCGCCGCCGGGCAGCACCUUCCAGCCGAACGUGCAGUUCAGAUCGCUGCAACGGUCGGCCGGCGGCCAGUUCAGACCGGCCAGGGUGCAGGACCAGGCCCACGGCGAGGUGCUCUACGCCAACAGCGAGAGCGAACGCCAGUUGUAUGCUGUGACGGAGUUGUAAGUUUUUUUCUUUUUUAUGCGAUAUAGAGUUGUGUUUACUCUUGGGAAAUGCAGGCAGAUGGACAAUAGUUGUUGAUUCUAUUUUACUUUUACCAUUACUUUUUGUUUUAUUUUCAUAAACUAAAACUGAACAAUUACUGUAAUGUUUAGGUACAGACCGGCUUGAGUAAUUUUAGACGUGACCUGCGCGAUAUACAUAGCUACUGUUGCGUCUACGACUAUUUGUGUCGGUCUGUAAGGUAUUUUAAUAACCGAAUGUUUCUACUUUUUCGCGAAUUUUGUCUCAAAUAAUCUACCUCAAAAUCUUGAACAAGAAAUUGAAAUUCAUUACGCCAAAUUGUAAUCUUAGUUUUACGUUGUAUUGUUGUGUGACGGGUGCUAAAUGAGUAUUUUUAACAUUUGCCUAGCGCCAUUCAAUUACCUUUCAUUUUAAUAUACACUUUAAAGAGAGUGGCGCUAGGCAGUGAUGUAAUUUUACAUUAUUUUGGGACAUUCGGUAAAUUUUUGAGAUUAACAUACGAAUUUUGCUUUAUUAGUAUUAAUAAUACUGAAAUUAUAAUAAAAGAGACAAACGCGUAUACAUUUUAGUACAACAAAAAGAAGCUAACGAUUUUCAAUAAUAAAAAAAAAUUAAGACUUAAUUUUUGAAGGUGCCUAGACCUAUUUGUAACUAGUAGAGUUGUAUUUCAUAAGAUCUUUACAGAUGAACUUUUAUUACUUUUUUCAUAUCCAAAACGAGAACUGAUAGAAUAUAUUUAAGUCUGUUUCGUAAUGUACAAAUUACAAAUUUAUUUUAUUUAUUUAACUAUUUUUUACUCUGAUAUUUUUCGUUCGAGCUCAAAAAUAAAAACGAUGACUAUGAACCACCUUUUCUAAAUUACAUGUAAGUAAUAUAGGGUAAGGUAUCGAAGUGAUACGGUAUUUUUUAAAUCAAAAUGUUACCAACACAAAAAGCAUUCCACAAAUCUAUAGACUGUUCCUAAUAGGCUGAAUUUAUGACGUAAAACAAAUUAAUAUGUUGGCAGCACUGAUUUUUAUUUUCGGACAGCAUAGAAUUUUUGUUUUAUAAUAAUAAAUUCUUCUAAAAAGAGUUUUAAAUUGAAUGAAAACCCCAACAAAAUAAAACUUUGUUAAUUUUACUUACCUAAUCUUUUCUGUCAAUUGCAUUACCUUCGAAGGGCAGCCUACUAUGAUCUAAGAAUCCUGUUUCAAUCGAGUUCUUGAUUCUGCAUCAAAUUUACUCAAAAGUUUUGCGUCAUACUUACCCAGUCUAUUAUCGCUUUAAUCCGGUGCAACCGGUAACAUUCAUCCUGUUCUAAUAGAAUUUAGAGCAAACAUAAUCAUCACUUUUAUAGUACUUUAUACAUUUUUAUAAUUAUUGUGAUUUUAUUUUAAUUGCGUUAUAUCCAAAUACGAAUUUUAGUUUGUUAUUAUCGCUGGCAUGGAGUUUCGAAACUUCAUCCUUAAAUUGAAGGGCACACUUUUAAAAAAAUAAAAUAUUGAAGGAAUUACGGCUUCGAUUUUAUGAAUAAUAAAAUUAGGUCCUUUUUUUAUAGAAAUAUUAGAUAGAACAAGUCUUGAUAUAUUUGUAAGUACCUACUGGUUUUUCCAAACGUUGCUCAAAUUUUAAACUGUGGAUAAAUUGAGCACCAAUUGUAAAUAAAUAAUUUUUCAUGUAAUUUAUUAAUAGGAUAUCCACCAAUGUGAUUUCAGGAAAUAUUAAAAACGCCUCUUUGUUCAUGCAGGCUCGUAUAAAUUCCAUUUGAAGACAAAUAUGUUCUUAAAAUGAAUCGCUUCAUUUUCACUCACGCAUGCUGAAAAAUUACGAAAAAAAUAUUUUCCAAUUUUAAUAUUUCCUGUCUCUGUGUGCCAUGAACUAAUAAUUAAAUUUUUGGAUAUCUUGGUUGGCUUAAUAGUUAAUUUUCCCAGUUUACGGUUGAGGCAAGACCAAGCUUAGCUUCGGUUUGGUAAUUUGUAACGUUUUUUGGUAAAUUAUAGAUUAGAAACUUAGUUUAAGCAUAGUCAAUCUGUUUGUUUCGGAACAAAUGAAUUGUACUUCGAUAUGUGAAUUAAUGAGUGUAAGUUUCAAUUUAUUCGUUCGUGAACAACGUGUAAUCCAUUUUCACAAAUGUAAAUUUAUCAUUCCUCCAAUGUGGUGUAGGAAUAAACUGCCAAAGAAUAUUAAUUUGAUGUUAAAAUGAUUAAAGUAUCGUAAGUUGAGGAGCAAACGCUACUCGUAUAUUGUAAUAUAGGCCCAGUAGAACAAUUGGAGUAACCACAAAAAGUUGUUUCAAAAAUUUAUCGUGAAUUAAUAGAAAUUGUUUGAAAUUUUUCGGCUUCUAAUUAGACUUAAAAAAAGAACAUUCGAUUCGAAACCCCUCUUGUUUAGUUUGCGAUGAAUUUGAAACAGUUUUUUGUGGAUUUUGAAACCCCCCACUUGUAGGGUUUUUACUACCGUAAUAGCAUGUUUACCUUCACAAAUUAGCUAAAUUGAUAAUUGUCUAUGUAGUAAUUCGUUGUUCGUUCUUGUAGCUUUCUACAUCGAUACAGGCCUGUGAGGAAUAAUGUUUUUUAUAUUUUUAUUACCAACACCUCAUUUUUAUAUAUGAAAAUUAUGUAUAUUUAAUGCAAUUUUAACUGUAACCCUAUCCACGAUUAUUUAUUAUUUUCUUAUUAAAGUUAAGUCGUUGUAAAAUAAUUUAUUCAUA